AAUCUGGCUGCUGCACUGGUAGCUGCGGGUGAUAUGGAAGGGGCAGUACAAGCCUAUGUUUCUGCCCUUCAGUACAAUCCUGACUUGUACUGUGUUCGUAGUGACCUGGGGAACCUGCUCAAAGCCCUGGGUCGCUUGGAAGAAGCCAAGGUAGGUGUUCAGUAGAAUACAUUUAAACGUCAAUGUUUUGAAAACUUGAACUUUUCACCAAGUCUUCAAAUCUGCGUUGAUCUGCAAACAAUCUGAGAAACUGCUGAAAACUGAAGGCACUGAAUUGCCCCAGCGUAGUUGCAGGGCAAGAUGUGGCACGUCUAUGUUAAAUGUUGGUUUAAAACAAGAAACGGAACAUUACUGAGUCUUUCUGCUGAACUAGACUAUCUGAUAUCAUUCUGAAGUCUUGGGCAGGGCCUUCACCAUGAUCUUAUCUGGAAAUAAAUAACAUUCCUUCAAAUCUGAGGCUUGCCUGCUGGUGCCAAGCAGAGAGCCUGUGAUUUAGCUCGAGAUUCCUGUACAAUGCAGGUGCUAUUGAAAAUGCUGCUCUUCUAAAGUCCUUUGCAGCUUGUAAGUGGAGAAGAACCUUAUCCAAAUGUUACUCUGUAAUAUUGGCUUUUAGAGAUUUUAUUCUUUAACCUUUCCCCUCACCUUUAUAGUGGAAGAAAGGCUAAUAAACUAUCAUAGAUGCAGUACAUCAUCCCCUAAACUUGUGCUUCCAUGUCUUUCCCCAAAAUAAAGCAUCAGAAGGACAAAGCUGGUUUGUUUGGGAAAUGAACUGAUUGAAAGAAAACUUGCUAAAGUGGAAAGGUGGCUUCUAGCAGUCUGUGUUUCCCAAACUGAGAAUUUGAAUACCAAGAUGGGUUUUAAAGCUCUUGACAUAUUUAAAACUUUGAUUGCAAAACAAAAUGGUCUUGUUACAAGCCACCUUACGCGUCCGCGCUGCAGGGGUGAGGAGUGUGGAGAAACCAGAGUGACUUUGGACUCCACGUCUGUCACUCCAAGCCCCACGCGCAUGCUAACAAGUGGAGUGUAUGAACAGUGUAGCUGUCUGUUUGGCUGCAGCACCAUCUGGGGAGGGAUAUUGCUUUUAGCACCAUCUAUUAUGGGGUAGAGGAAGUGCCACUUUAAAGUGCAUUGUUCAUAUUUUUUUCUGACAACUCGGAUACAUACUUGUCUAUACCAGCAUAAUUCACAGUUGGUCAGAUCUGAGCUGAACAGAUUCUGAAAUAGUAGUUCACCAAUUAUAAAUGUCUUUGAGACACUUGGUUCUCAGCCCACCAAGUGGACAGCUAACAUGCAUUGCACUUCACUGCAGCUUUAGUGUGACUGGUAUAGGCCAAGACACUGCGCCUGCCUUAGGUUGCUGACCUCUUUGUUUCAGAGCUCUGGAGACACCUAGUCUGAAAGUUGUUCUGUUUUUUCUGAGAACUCACUGAGCAAGAAAAAUAUCUUGAGUAAAUUGCAAUGUAUUUCUUUGGUUAUCAGUGCAUUUGAAAGAUCAAGCCAGCAAAUUCCUUACAGUUUGAACCAAAACUUAAUUUCUUGGUAGACAUUUCAGAGCCUUUCUUCCCAAAAAAAAAAAAGUCCCUGCUGUAUGCAAUAGCCCUGAUUAACCCUCUCCCUUCUGCAUGACUCCUAUGUUACAGAUUGUUCUCAUUCCCAUGUUAGACAUAUCCAGAGAAUUUCAAUUGCUUUGUUGAACUUUUACUAAUGAUCUUGUUUUAUUUUCUCUCUUGUUUUUGGUUUUUCACCACUGAUAUUGUAUUUAGAAGGUUUCAGGUGGGUGAAACCUCCUAUUCCAUGCGUAAGGUGCCUCGCUGAAGGGAGCUCGAGGCCUGGAUCUAGGGCAGACACACACCUCCUCCUCCUCUUCCAGCAAGGAACGCACCGAAAAGUCACAUGAUGAGAAAUAUGGCCUGUUACUUGAAAGCAAUUGAGACUCAGCCAAACUUUGCAGUAGCAUGGAGUAAUCUUGGGUGUGUUUUCAAUGCUCAAGGAGAAAUUUGGCUUGCCAUUCAUCACUUUGAAAAGGCUGUGACACUUGACCCAAACUUCUUGGAUGCUUACAUCAAUUUGGGGAAUGUUCUAAAGGAGGCAAGGAUAUUUGACAGAGCUGUAGCAGCCUACUUACGAGCCUUGAGUCUGAGUCCUAAUCAUGCAGUUGUGCAUGGCAACCUGGCCUGUGUGUAUUAUGAGCAAGGACUGAUAGAUCUGGCAAUAGACACCUACAGACGUGCUAUUGAGCUACAGCCACACUUCCCUGAUGCCUAUUGUAAUCUGGCCAAUGCUCUAAAGGAGAAAGGCAGUGUUGCUGAAGCAGAAGAAUGUUACAAUACAGCUCUUCGUCUGUGCCCCACACAUGCAGACUCACUUAAUAACCUGGCAAACAUCAAGCGAGAACAGGGAAACAUUGAGGAGGCUGUUCGCCUAUACAGAAAAGCUCUUGAGGUGUUCCCAGAGUUUGCUGCUGCCCAUUCAAAUUUAGCAAGUGUUCUGCAGCAGCAAGGAAAGCUGCAGGAGGCUCUGAUGCAUUACAAAGAGGCUAUUAGAAUCAGCCCCACGUUUGCAGAUGCUUAUUCAAAUAUGGGGAAUACUUUAAAGGAGAUGCAGGAUGUUCAGGGAGCUUUACAAUGUUACACCCGUGCCAUCCAGAUAAACCCUGCUUUUGCUGAUGCCCACAGUAACCUGGCCUCUAUUCACAAGGAUUCAGGGAACAUACCAGAAGCCAUUGCUUCUUAUCGCACUGCUCUGAAACUGAAACCUGAUUUCCCAGAUGCUUAUUGCAACUUAGCCCACUGCUUGCAGAUUGUCUGUGACUGGACGGAUUAUGAUGAAAGAAUGAAAAAGCUGGUCAGCAUUGUAGCUGAUCAGCUGGAGAAGAAUAGACUGCCUUCUGUCCACCCUCAUCACAGCAUGCUGUACCCCCUUUCUCACAGCUUUAGGAAGGCUAUCGCUGAGAGACAUGGAAAUCUCUGUUUGGAUAAGAUCAAUGUCCUUCACAAGCCACCAUAUGAGCAUCCAAAGGACUUGAAGGCCAGUGAAGGCCGGCUUCGUGUUGGCUACGUGAGCUCUGAUUUUGGAAAUCAUCCAACCUCCCACCUAAUGCAGUCAAUCCCAGGAAUGCAUAACCCUGACAAAUUUGAGGUGUUCUGUUAUGCCCUCAGCCCUGAUGAUGGGACAAACUUCCGUGUAAAGGUGAUGGCAGAAGCAAAUCAUUUCAUUGACCUCUCCCAGAUACCAUGUAAUGGAAAGGCAGCAGAUCGCAUUCACCAGGAUGGGAUACACAUCCUCAUUAACAUGAAUGGCUAUACUAAGGGAGCCCGUAAUGAGCUGUUUGCUCUCAGACCAGCACCUAUCCAGGCUAUGUGGCUGGGAUACCCUGGAACCAGUGGAGCGCUGUUCAUGGAUUAUAUCAUCACAGAUCAAGAAACUUCCCCAGUUGAUGUGGCAGAGCAAUAUUCUGAGAAACUGGCUUACAUGCCAAACACUUUCUUUAUUGGAGACCAUGCUAAUAUGUUCCCCCACCUGAAGAAAAAAGCAGUCAUUGAUUUCAAGUCCAAUGGCCAUAUUUAUGAUAACAGGAUUGUUUUGAAUGGCAUAGACUUGAAGGCAUUCCUUGACAGCCUCCCUGAUGUCAAAAUUGUUAAGAUGAAGUGCCCUGAUAGUGGAGACAAUGCAGACAGCAAUGCUGCCCUCAGUAUGCCAGUCAUUCCUAUGAAUACAAUUGCAGAAGCUGUGAUUGAGAUGAUUAAUCGUGGACAAAUUCAGAUAACAAUCAAUGGAUUCAACAUUAGCAAUGGACUAGCAACUACACAGAUUAACAACAAGGCAGCAACUGGAGAAGAGGUUCCACGUACCAUCAUUGUUACCACCCGCUCUCAGUAUGGGUUACCAGAGGAUGCUGUUGUGUACUGUAACUUUAACCAGCUAUAUAAGAUUGACCCUUCCACUUUACAGAUGUGGGCUAAUAUUCUGAAGCGAGUUCCAAACAGCGUAUUGUGGCUGUUGCGUUUCCCAGCUGUAGGAGAACCCAAUAUUCAGCAAUAUGCACAGAACAUGGGCCUUCCCCAGAACCGAAUCAUCUUCUCUCCUGUUGCCCCCAAAGAGGAACAUGUGCGGAGGGGCCAGUUGGCUGAUGUUUGUCUAGAUACUCCACUUUGUAAUGGGCACACUACUGGGAUGGAUGUACUCUGGGCUGGGACUCCCAUGGUUACUAUGCCAGGAGAAACUCUUGCAUCACGGGUUGCUGCCUCCCAGCUUACUUGCCUUGGUUGUCUUGAACUUAUUGCUAAGAGUAGACAAGAAUAUGAAGAUAUUGCUGUGAAACUGGGAACUGAUCUAGAAUACCUGAAGAAAAUUCGUAGUAAAGUCUGGAAGCAGAGAAUAUCAAGUCCUUUGUUCAACACCAAACAGUACACAAUGGAACUGGAGCGGCUUUACCUUCAGAUGUGGGAUCACUACGCUGCUGGCAACAAACCAGACCAUAUGGUUAAGCCAAUAGAGACCAAUGAAUCUGCAUGAAGGACUCUGCCCACACAACUCUCCCAGAAUUGAGCCUCUCAGACUCCUCUGCAAAGGAGAUGGGAGCUAAAGACAGUGCAUUUCUACUUAAUCUGCCUGGUACUCUGUGGCUGAAGUGAUACAUGAUGGUGAUUUAAGAGCACAGACAGACAUACUUUGUGCAUAAUGGGGAGAGGCUGUAGAGAUUGGGAACUUUCUAUUCCAUAAGGAGUUUGAAAAAGAUUGAGUUGGGCACAUGUGCUGUAUGUUUGCAAGGCCUAGUACUUGAUGGGGAAAGUGUGAACUGUCCAUCCAAUUGUGAUUUCAUGGAUUGAUUCAAUCUUCCUACGAAUUUUUCUCCUCUUAUGUGGAUUGGGAAUUGGAGCUUUUUAAUGUUUGAUUUCAGGUGUUCCUGUUGGUAUAUGUGCGAUUCUUCCAUGACAUGAUUUCCAACUAGUGAGUGUUGCUCCCUGCAUUCACUUCUUAACUGCAGAUUGAAAGGGCAUAUUUGCUGGUGUAGUCUUUUUACAGGUUUUAUAAACCACUUGAGCCUAUAUCAGCCUUUUAAUGUUUGACCUCCUGUUUUGGAACUUUCUGUACUGUGUUGAUUUAGAUGAGAACUCAGUGCUUGGUUUAAAAAAAAAAAAGAUUCUCCUGUAUCUCAGCUAAUUGGCUUGGUGAUGAUAGCUCCUAUUCUGUUGAAAAACAAAAUUGGUUUAAAAUUAAUGCCCCCAAACUGUUUAAGUAAACAAACUGGUGCCAAAUACAAAUCCUUCAGGAAUGAUUGUUAAUUAUGUACAGAGGCACAGUCCUAGGUACUGUAGCAAGGACUUUUUUAAAAUAAAGCUCUGGUUUGCCCAGUUUGAUCUAUUUGACCAGCGUUUCGCCUUUACUACCCUUUCUGUGCUGCUGUCAAAACAAUGUUCUGGGCUGCUGGCCUUUUACCUUCCUUUCUAUAGCUUGGUUUUUAAAUAGUUCUAUUCAUUUCAGCAGAAAUGAAAUCCCAGGUAAGUAUAGAUUUUCAUCUACUAAAUAUCUGCAUCAAGUAUAUUAAUUCUUGCAGUAUAAUAAGGAUCACCCAGAAAGGCUUUUUUCUUAAUGUGGGGGUGUCAUUAUCUUUCUCUUACUGAUGUGUGGUAACUUGGAGGCCAUGAGCUGUAUGUAAACUCUGAUGCUGAGUUUUGUAUUGAACAAGCAUGAAUUAAGUAAUUUUGUUCCUAAAUCUGUGCAGAGGGUCAUGGACUACAGUUUAAAUAAACCAAUGCCAGUCUUGCUAA